CAAAAACACACAACAUGCAUUGAUUGCUGAUUUUGGCACAACUUUACGUCGAUUGCUGAUGUUUAUUCAAAGUGCUACUAACAGGUUAUCGUAUUUAAUAAAAUUACAAUUUGUGUAUUCAAAUUGUACCUGUACAACACAAGAGCGAUAGGAUGAGCUCGUUCGAACAGGAUACGAAUGUCGCACAAAAUGACGAAGAAUCAUCGGAGAAAGAUUCUGCGUCCACCGACCUGAAAGAAACGAAUAGUGUUCAAAUACCGUUCCACUGUGAGCUAUGCGGAAAAGAUUUCCCACUUGUGAGAAAUCUUCGUCGACACGUUCUCCUGCAUUCCGACGAGCGACCGUACAAAUGCGAUAGGUGCGAGAAACGGUUCAUCUCCCGAGAAUAUUUGAAUCGUCACGCGCGCACUCACUCCGGCCAGCAACGCUACAAAUGCGACAUUUGUGAUAGGGUUUGCAAUUCGAAGAAAUCUCUUCAGUUGCACGGGAGAACCCACAGUGGCGAAGAUCCGUUUCAGUGUGAUAUUUGUGGUAAAAGCUUUACAAACCUCUAUCACCUUAAGGUCCACCAGCGGAUUCACACGGGGACUAGUCUGUUCAAGUGUGAGAUAUGUGACAAAGAAUUUACAAUUAGUUCUCGCCUUGAAAAUCAUCUGGAAGCUCACACCAAGGAGCAUACCCACCAGUGUGAUAUUUGUGGCAGAGGAUACGCUUCUAGGAGAGCUUUGUUUACGCAUCGUCGUCGUAUUCACACCUCCGGUGACAUGACGGAUCGAUCCGAUAACGGUAGUACACUUACGAUCAGUUGAAUGAUUCGAUUCAAGCACAGAUUAACGUUACUGUGGUAGAAUCAACGUCGUAGAUUCUGGCUAGAGUGUCUUAGAGUAGAAUUCAUAAUUCAUUUCGUAAUAUAUGUACAUAAUAUGAUUUGUAUUCUAGUUAAUAUUCAAUUUGUUGGAUACUGUAAAAUAGCAUAAGGGUGAUAUAUUAAGGGGGAAGUC